AAAUUAUUAAAAUUAGCAUAAUGGAUAGUAGUUCAUUUAUUAUAACAGGAAAGAGUAGUACUCCUCUCCAGCUUGAGCAGAUGUCCACACUUGAAAAUACUUAUGCGACAUUAUUUGCUAUUAAGCAGAUCAAAAGUAAGUCUCUCCUUGAUCCCCGAGUGCUAGGAGUAGGAGAGGAUGAUCAAGGCCUAAGUAAGAAGAUGGAAAAAUGCCUCCAAAAGACUAUUUCUAAACCCAAAAGAACUCGUAGAACUUCCUUUUUGCUCAAAGAGGGUCAUAAAAGGAUGCCUAGAGAUAGACCUUCUAGCAAGAGAUUUCCUCCUUUAGAUGACAAAGCCAAGGAUUCUAUGAACAAAUAGGGAAAUAAUUCUGAUGAAAACUCUUCUAGACAUCCCUCCUCCUUUCGUUACCAGCCGAUGAUGGGCAGUAGCAAAUGGUAAGACUGGCAAGGUUCUAUUUGGGAGACUUGAGAACGAAGUUAGAGAGAUUGCAAGUCUGACUAAGAUCCUUGUAUGUCUUACAGUCAUAAAGCUAUCAAUCAAAAUGUCCUUCAACUUAAAAACCACUAUAAUACAAGUGACAGAGGAUGCCUCAAUGGUAGGAGGAACCUCAGCAAAGCUAAAAUCAGGCGAUUGACUUACAAUCUGGGAUCUCCUCCAUGGUCUGAUGCUUCCUAGUGGUAAUGACUGAGGUUAUCUCCUUGCCGAACACUUCGGGCAUCUCUUGAAAUAAAUCUGGGGAAGAAAAAGGAAUAAUAAAGCCUAAGAACGACCCCAAAGAGACCUCCAGUGAAGAUACUACAGUAGAACUAGACACAACAGAGUCAAAAGAAUCUGAUGAUGAUGAAUGUCCAGUAAUGUCCAAAUACCUGCACAGAUUCUCUUGAUUCAAAUAUGGAUAUAUCAAAUAUUUCUUAAUGGAAAUGAAUUAUAUUGCCAAAGAAGAAAUAGGUUGCAAAUAACUCGUUUUUCGAUUCACCACAUGGUCUGAUGAAUAGGUGGAAUACCUCCACAGCCUCAGACUUAGCUAAGAUCAGUGCUUAUUCAUUGAAAAAUAAGAACUUUUCCAAGAUAACCAAGACCAAGAGAUACAAAUGAUAUACCAAGAAGCCGCAUGAUUUUGAUGAAGAGAACCCUGGUGAAGAAUUUAAACCGUCACUAUACUCCUGGGAUAACACCAAUAAACUACUUUGGAAACUCGGUUUUGAUGGUCUGAAAACCGGUAUAACUCCUAGCGCAGGCCCUUGUCUUGUUGCCAGCUACACUUGCUCGAUCACCAAAGAUCACUACAUAAUAAUCUUACUUAACUCGAAAAGCAUGGAGCACAGAUGGAACGAAGUGUCUAAGCUAAAAGCAUGGGCUUGUGCACGGAUGAGGAAGAUCAAGCACAGUAAUAUCCUGCAGGAGAAUUCCUUUCGUGAGAAGAAGAGCCCAUUUGCUUCGAUAAAUUCCAAAAUUUUAACUAAGAUCAAACAUCUUUAA